AUGGUUGACGAGAAUUCUCGACCUCAAGAAGCGGAAGCUGCCAAGAAGAAAGUGGACGCCAGGCUGGAAGAAUGCGGACGAAAGGCUUCGGCCUUUUGUAAUAACCUAGCCACUAAGCACAAUAAAUUUGGAAAUAGCGACACAAUUAAACAAUUUAAUGAUAAGUUGCGUGAUAGAGUGUUACAUGUUCGUGGCACAAUAGAGUAUGAGAAGGAGCGGCUGGCGAGGAGCAAAAGCAGGGAGGAGGAGUUGAAGGCGACGACGGAGAAGAUUAAGAGCGUGUUGAAAGAGCGUGAGACGGAGGUAAAUGCGCACAUUUGUAGAGAAGUAACUGCGGUUGUGCGGAGAGAGGCUUAUGUGGAUUGCUUUUGCUUUGAGAGGUAUGCGGAGAGGUUUAGUGACCCAGAUACCUUUGAGAGUGGCAUUUUGACGGUUUGGAUUACGGAGAUACUGAAGACGAAUGAGGUUACUAGGCGUAUUAAGGAUUAUAUUGCCGAAAACAAUGGUAGCAAGAAGAACAUGUAUGGUGAUAAUAUUUUUAAAGAUAGUUCCACCACUGCCGACAGAUUCCAUGAGCCCAUUAAAAGGGAGAUUAAGAAAGUGCUUCAAGAAGCAGGGGUUACUGCCCAAAACGUGGAAAAUAUCCAGCGUGCUUGUAAGACAUUUGCCCAAACUCUUCAGGUCAUUGUUGAUGACAAAGUUCAAACAAUCGUGCACCAGAUUGGACAAGACGAAGAAUUAUUUGAGGAACACAAUAAGGGAGAACAUGGCGCCUUACAUCUUACUCAAGCCGUCAAACUCAUUCUCCAACAAAUGGUUAUUAGGGCACGCAGAGAGGCUACCGAACUCGAAUGGAUGGUUGGGACCACCAAGGAAAAACAGGUAGGCAAGCCAUUCAGCAACAGUAAAUCCACAAUCGCAGCUGAGAUGGAUGCGUCUAACGGGAGGGUUAAGGAUCUUUUUCAAAAGCUUAGCAGAGGCACUAGCGCUCCCCAAACCGACACAAAGGGGACCGGCACUAUUAAUGAUGAGAUUGCGGCGAAGCUUAAAGUGAGUUUCAAGAAGACAUCGGGUGGUGAAAUAGAUCUUGCGACUUCGGAUAAUUUCAUGACUCAAUUCGAAGGAACCCGUGAUAAUCUCAGAGCCGGCAAGAUAGCAAGCGCCGCCGGUACAGGUACCGAAAAUGUCCUCGACGAGGAGAUCGGCGGGGAUAUAAUGGCAUCUGGAGGCGGUGGAGGUAACAAAAUAUCUGAACUGGGUAAAGCAUUUACGAAUUAUGAAGCACAGAUCACACGAGAUAGCCUUGCACUCACUGACCCCAAUGCCCUUGCAGGCGCCCUUCCAGAGAAGAUCAGGAAAAUCAGAGAUGAGGUGACCGGCGCAUUAACGACGAUUGACGAUUUCAAUGAUCAGGCCAUAGUGAAAUUCACGGAAGUCAGUUCCAAUCUCAGUAACCUGUGUUAUGCUGUUAGGAACGCCGCUGCAGACGGUAAAGAUAGUGCGAAAACAAAACUUAUUCUCCUGAAAGAAACAUACUUCGCAGAGUCCACAAGUGCCCAAAACAGCAUUAACAAAAUCCACAGUGACCUCAGUGAGCUGCAAAAAAAGCUGGAAAGCGGUCCCAUCAAGGAGGCCAAAAGAUAUCUUUCGCACGUAGAUCACUCGACUACUGCAACAAUCAACCUGCUGGGAAACCAUGUCAAACGUGAAAUAGAAACAGCGCAGGAAGCUCUUACUACCCAUGCGACAAGGCAGUACGUUAACGCCUUGAAAACUCUGCUCACCGAGUUCGCCGAAAAGGCAGAGAAGGUAUUGGAAGGAUUGCCGGACGAAAUAGAGAAAGAUUUGAAAAUCGGCUACAAGGGCUUUAUGGCAAAAUUAGGAGAGCAGUUUGUUAAGAAGGUGGAACAAAUUAAGACUAUUGAAGUAACAUCCUCUUCUCCAGAUAAUUCUCCACUGAAGGGCCGCCGAAAAUUGAAAGAGGCAUUGACAUCAUUUUCCGGAGUGUUACAAAAUCAAUCCGAUUUCAUGUCCGACUCCAAGGUAUCAAAGCCUUCGAACGACGCACUUACCAAAUUACUCACUGGCCUCAUAGAUUCACAGCACUUUAAUCACGACUUCAGUGUUAAUUUAGACGCACUCAAAAAAUCACUUGCUCAAUGUGUUCCUCAUAAAUUCGGCGCAUCUUCGACUUUCAUGUUGCAGAGCCUCAAGGAUGGCUUUAACAGACUGACCAAAGAGCUGGGCAACGCAUAUGUCAACACGUAUUCCGGAAAGCCGUACAACGACGCCGAUGAUUCCAAUGAGCUGAGGAAACGGUGUGGCAAGGUGUCAACAUAUGACGGCUUGAAGGAUUUGCAGAUUAGCAAAUACACAGCACUCGGAACAUUUAUGGCCGAUGAAGGCUACGAGGUCUCGGACCCAGGGGAGCAGAACGGUGAAUUGCAGGACAAGAAAACCAUGACAGGUGAGCACAUUAGGAACCUCAUUAUCGGUUCUGCAGAUAAACACAUCUAUACGAGCAUGGACUAUUCUCGAGAUGGCGGAGCACUUAAAACACUUCUGGAGCUGCUCGAAACCUUUUUCCGUCUUCACCAUCUUAAUCCACCGCCGAAUCCCAGGGCACCUUGCAGCGUAUAUGAGACUCUCAUGUGGUUCUCUGGCCUCCCGUAUAAUUCCGUAUAUAUUGAUUUGACGGCCGACGGUUUUAGUAGCCUAUUCGAUAAGACUGAGAAGCCAGCCUCCACUGACACUCACGAUAGCUUCAUCUCCUACGAAGACCUCGACGAAGUGUCUUUGGAGGCGUACCCAGAACCGAUCACAGUUGGAAAUCUAUCAGACAACCUGACGGAAGUAUGCCACUAUUCUCAUGACCUCCUCACCACUAUAAUGGGCCACGGCCACGCAGGUGGCGUGUAUGCCUGUGACUAUAAUGUCAACCCACACGGUUUAAUAUAUCCCCAAAAUAUGAACACGUUAAUUUGCCUACUAUUUGAUUUACUAAAACGCCUGCACUACCAACUGUACCUACUAUAUCAGCAAUGCUCCUAUGAGAACUCUUUGGGAGGCUGGCGUGAGUGCUGGUACGGUUGUGGCAUCGGAGGAUCAAACUGGAAGUGCAACAAUCUCCAAUGCCCUAACCAAGCGGGCAACCAAAACGCUGACCAAAUGCAUAAGCAAACAUGUAACCAAAACCCUAACCAAAAGUGCAACCAAUAUCCUAAGUGCGGCAUUAAAUCACCGCUGCAAUCUUUCUUAGAAGAUGGAUUACAGGGGUUCUUGCCUCAUGAUGUGUCAUCGAACAGAGGCCAAAUUAAAUGUUCACUCGGCAACCACUAUGGCAUACCAUGUAGGAUACCUAUGGGCUUCGCCGAUAUCGACACAGUGGCGUCACGCAGGCAGACGGGCGAGAGCCUUAACAACAUCCUCGCUGAGAUAUGUGGCGCUUCAUCGUCCCCUCUCAGUAAACUUUGUGCCCAGCUGAACUGUCUCCUCCCAAGCGGCCCCAAAACGCUCGGUGACAUGUUUGGUUUCUAUUUUAAUUUCCUCAGUGGGUGGAACGACAUUAGUGAUGAAGAUCGUCAGAAGCAUCAGAGACGUGCAUUUGAUGAUGCCGUUAACAAGGCGUAUUUCAACGAACGCUAUGACGAUCUGGACAUUACCGCAAUGUUCAAAAACAGCAAUCAUAAUCCUAAGCCCACGGAACAAAGUAGUACUCACCUCACCGGUGAUCUUUAUGCACUCGUAAAAUGCAAUGGUACUACCCCGUCGACUCCAUCACACCCCUGUGGCCCAUAUCUAAAGCCACAUUGUGUCGAUAUAUGCGGUAUAUUUUCCGCGAAGAAUGCCAACAAAUAUUUAUCAUGGAUUGUGUUUAUCACCGAAACAUUCUACGAUUUGUUAAAGAAAUUAUAUGAUGAGUGCAGUAAUACUUGUGGCGGUGACAAGCCAAAGUGCCGGGUUAGCAAAUGCAUAGAAGCUUGCGAUGCCAAGAAAUUGCCGAUGUCUCCAAACGUAACGCAUCAUGAAUCAUGUGACUGUGUCGCCAACUGCAAGUAUAUACAUCCAAUAAUAUGCAAGUAUGGGUUUGUACAUGGUGACGUAGUGAGACUUUCCGACAACUCAAGGCGUUUUAUAUAA